CUAGAGAGGACAGGCUAAGCGCCGGAACAGGAAGUGCGGUGCCUGUGCUUCCGGGCUUCCCGGCCAGAGAGGAGGGAGAGGCGGGGCUUGUGGCCCAUUGGAGAAAAGGAGAGGCCCGGUUGGAGGCGAGCGGAAGUGACGUAGAAGGCGGCGGGAUGCCCGUGGAAAGCAAGAUGGCGGACAAAGAGAAGAAGAAGAAGGAGAGCAUCUUGGAUCUCUCCAAGUACAUCGACAAGACCAUCCGCGUCAAGUUCCAGGGCGGCCGCGAAGCCAGCGGCGUCCUGAAAGGCUUCGACCCGCUCCUCAACCUGGUGCUGGACGGGACCAUCGAGUACAUGCGAGGUGGGUUCCGACGGAGGGAGGGACGUCUUCAGACCCCGACGACCAGUACAAGCUCACGGAGGACACCCGCCAGCUGGGCCUGGUGGUCUGCCGUGGGACCUCCGUGGUCCUGAUCUGCCCCCAGGACGGGAUGGAAGCCAUUCCCAACCCCUUCGUCCAGCAGCAGGACGGCUAGCCAUAGGAAGCCAAAGGGGGCUGGAGAGGCAGGCGUUCCUUCGGAAGGAGCCCCAGGGUCAGGCAGCUGGAAUUUUUUUAUAAGUUACCGUUAUUAUUUUUCUACACCUUCUUUGAAUAGGGAAGGAGUCUCUGGUUUUGAGAGGCUUAGUAUGUUCUUGUUUGGACAUGAGCAUCGCAAGGAGGCAGCCUUUGACUGACCGAACCAAGCCUUGAGCCAGAGAAAAGGUUCAGGGAAUAGUCCAGAGAAGGAGAUCUUUGGGAAACACUGCUCCCUUUUCCUACAGAUAAAGGACACACGGAUCUUCGCCAAUGUUUUCCUGGUGCUUUUUUCUUUCUUUUUCCCUCUUCCAGCAGUGUCUGGAUUCCCUUUUACCCUGAAGGACAGGCUGGGCAUGGGGUCCUGGUGUCUUGCCCUCUGCUUCUGUAUGCUUCAAAGAUUACCGAGGCACAGGAUUGGGGCUUGUGCAGAAUCUCAGUUCCAGGAUAAUACAUUUGUUGUCUUAAGAUUUCUGUGGGAAGAAUUUCUGAGUCCAUUAUCUAAUAAAAAUCUUUCCGAAAUGA